GCAUGGAAACGCCAGAUAAUGUUGUUUACUGGCCUUUGGAAAAAGAGGUAGAAUCUAGAACAUCCAGCACCUCCAAUGCCAGGUGGCAAGACAAGAUUAAAGCAACAACCAUGAGUCAGGAUUUUGGGUCUACUCAGGAAAGCUCUUUCAUCUCAUUUGCCUCUGCUGUGGGCUGGAGGGAACCACUACGGAGACAGAGGUUCCACAGAACAGCAAAAAAUUACCUGGCUUAAAGCAUCGUUGAUGUUGCUUUGAGAACUCCAUCCAAGCAAACAGAUCCAGUCAACCAGGGCAUGUUACCUCCAGGCUGAAGGAAGAAGGACAAUACAGCAAGAGUCAGACUGGAAGUCAAUGGCAACUCAGAGUGAGGAGGACUACGAAGCUGGUAUUCAAAAGAAACUGGAUGCUGAAGCAUAUGAUGACUCUGUACUGAAAAGCUCCAACAUGUCACUUGCAACUGAAAACAGUGGCUCCUCAGCUGGGGAAGAGCGAGGGGGUACAAAGGCUACCCAGAGACCAAUCAUUUUCCACAGAGCAUCCCAUGAGGCAUACGUGGAACUUCAUGAACUGAUCAUGGACCAUAACAAUGAGCUUCGCUGGCUUGAGGCUUCUCACUGGAUCAAGCUAGAAGAGGACUUUGAGGAGCUGGGACAUUGGGGUAGACCUCACCUCUCAUACCUGACUUUCCAAAGCCUUCUGGAGGUGCGCAGAGCUUUCACCAAAGGAACUAUACUUCUAGACUUGCCCGAGAGGAGUCUAGCUGGGAUCGCCAAUCAGGUACUUGACCAAAUGAUCUACGAAGGGCAGCUCAAACCAGAGGACCGAGAAAUGGUGUUAAGAACCCUCCUACUUCAACACAGCCACCCUGAUGCCUCUAUGUCAUUAAGCACUGUUUCUCCUGCACGACUUCAACAAUCUGACACCAAAGAUGUAACACAGCCACUUCUGUCAGAACAUCACGAAAUAGAAAUGAAGACCUUUCUUUCUGACUCAGAGAAGGAUGAACCCAGUAGUACUGCUUUUAAGAAGCCACUUUCAGAGAAGAUUUCCCCUGAUGCAGAAGCUACACUGGUCUUGGUCGGCUGUGCCCCCUUCUUGGAGCAUCCAACUUUGGCCUUUGUGCGCUUGAAAGAUGCCGUGCAGCUGGACUCUGUCCUGGAAGUCCCUGUGCCUGUCCGGUUCCUUUUUGUGGUUCUGGGACCAGAUUCCCCUCGGACCAGCUACCAUGAGAUUGGGAGAGCCAUCUCAACAAUGAUGUCUGAAAGGGUGUUUCGCAAUGAUUCCUACUUGGCUGUGGGACGGACAGACCUGGUGAAGAGCGUGGAGGCAUUCCUGGACUGUUGCAUCGUCGUCCCACCUAGUGACAUCCAAAAUGAAACACUCCUCAAGGCGUUGCUGCCAGUGCAGAAGGAGCUCCUGCGGAAGAGGUACCAGCCAGUGGAGAAGAAGGUGCCCCCAGAAGCUGAGCUCUUAAAAGACCUAGAGAAAGAACUGAAAGCUCAAACACUGAAACCAGAUGAUGAUGAUGACCCCUUGCGUAGGACCAGGAGACCUUUUGGGGGACUUGUGAGGGACAUAAAACGUCGGUAUCCCAAGUACCUUAGUGACAUCAAAGAUGCCCUCAAUGCUCAAUGUCUGGCUGCAGUCAUCUUCAUCUACUUUGCUGCCCUUUCUCCUGCCAUUACCUUUGGGGGUCUUCUGGAUGACAAAACUGAGAGCAUGAUGGGAGUAUCUGAGCUUCUUCCCACUGCAGUCCAGAGCGUAAUUUUCUGUUUAGUUGGAGCUCAGCCUUUGCUUGUGGGUUGGAUUUUCUGGGCCCUAUUGGUCUUUGAAGAAGCCUUUUAUAAGUUUUGUUAUGAUAAUAAUUAUGAAUACAUCGUGGGGAGAGUCUGGAUUGGCUUUUGGCUCAUAAUCCUGGUGGUUUCUGGUAGUGGCUUGUGAGGGCACUUCCUGGUACGCUACAUCUCCCGUUACACCCAGGGAAUAUUCUCCUUCCUCACUCUCAUCUUCAUCGUGGAGACAUUCACCAACUUAUCAAGACAUUUCAUUGCUUUCUUCUUGCGCAAGUUCAAAAACAAGUUUCCUUCCACAAGAGAGCAGGCCCGCGCCUACCUGCCUGCACCAGGAAGUGUGCCUGCGGCCGCCCAGAGCCAUCUGUUGGCACAGUCCCCAAAUCGGCAGCUGCUCCGCCGUGUGAUUGGGGACUUUGGUGUUCCCAUUGCCAUCUUUAUCAUGGCCGUGGCAGACUUCUUUAUUCAGGACACCUACACUCAGAAACUGAAAGUUCCUAAAGGCCUUGAGGUCUCCAAUCCUAAUAAGCGAGGUUGGUUUAUCUAUCCAUUGGGAACAAAUGACACUUUCCCCAUCUGGCUGAUGUUUGGUGCAGCUUUACCAGCUCUCUUGGUCUUCAUUCUCAUCUUCUUGGAAUCACAGAUUACCACACUGAUUGUGAGCAAACCUGAGAGGAAACUUAUUAAAGGUUCAGGUUUCCAUCUAGAUCUACUUCUAAUUGUUGGCAUGGGGGGUAUAGCAGCCUUGUUUGGGAUGCCGUGGCUCAGCGCUACCACAGUGAGGACCGUCACGCAUGCUAAUGCCUUGACAGUGAUGUCCAAGACUACUGUUCCAGGGGAAAAAGCCCAUGUCCAGGAGGUCAAGGAACAGAGGCUCACUGGCUUGCUGGUGGGCAUUCUUGUAGGCCUCUCCAUCCUCAUGGAACCCAUCUUGAAAUUCAUCCCACUUGCAGUACUCUUUGGCAUCUUUCUUUACAUGGGGGUGACCUCCCUCAAUGGGAUCCAGUUAUAUGACCGCAUCCUUCUCAUGCUGAAGCCCCCCAAAUACCAUCCUGAUGAAGCUUUUGUUAGAAAAGUAAAGACCUGGCGCAUGCAUAUCUUCACCCUCACCCAGAUACUAUGUCUGGUGGUGCUAUGGGGAGUGAAAUCCAGCCCAGCCUCCCUUGCCUUACCCUUCCUCCUCAUCCUGACCGUGCCGUUAAGACGCUUUGCUCUCCCUUUGCUCUUCACUGACGUUGAACUCAAGUGUUUGGAUUCUGAUGAUGCUGAUGUGACUUUUGAUGAGACAGAAGGCCAAGAUGUUUAUGAUGAAGUCCAGAUGCCAGUUUGAACAGCGGCACUGUGCUACAUCCUUCAGGCCACUAAAAGACCAAGAGGCCUCCCUAAGAACAUGCUGACAAAAACAAGAGCUGGAGGAACAUUUUUCAGCAUCUAUAUGAACAGUAUGCAGUAGCUGCACACCGGUAAACAUCCCAUAGAUGUAAAUACGUACAUGCUUUCCAACAGAUGGAUUCCAUAGGAUUUAAAUUACUAACAUAUGCUUUAGAAUGAUCUUCUUCCAGUCAAAGUAGUUCUGUAGGAAAAUGUUAACCUAUAUUUAGGGAAAAGACUUAUUUUCCCAGAAGGGAAGACUGAAACCAAAGCUAUUCAAGGAUUGAGAAAAGAUGGAAAAUGCAACCAUGACCUCAGUGUUUAAUGCUGCCUCUAACUCCAUUGCUUCCCUUCUGUUGUGUGUGUGUGCAUGUUGUGUGUAUGUGUGUGUGUACAUGUGCACAAAUGUGUGAAAUUUUAUCACAUGUAUAUAGAAAGCCUCACCCAUUUUUUUUAAAGAAUCGGAAUUGCUUCUUUCAGUACACUCCACUGAAUGCCCCCUGAAAUGUUCAGAAACAAAAACUGAAGAUACAGUCCUUUUCUCACUGAGUUCGUGGAACAUCUCUUGGAGGAAUAGACUAAAAGUACGACUGAAAAACUGGCAGAGUGACAUGAUUUUUCUCAAGCAGAGAAGUUACUGUGUCAAGGGGAAAAAACUGAGCAUUAAAAUAAGGCACAAAAUAAAGGCAGAAAAAAUGUUUUGUAGUGUUCAAGGUGCCUAGAGUUUCCAAGGUUCAUGGCAAAAGGAAGAAGCUACAAAACUUUCACCAAAGGUCUGAAACCUAAUAUGGAGAUGACAGAACUAUGAAGAAAAAUCAAGACUGAGUGAAAAUGCUGUUGGACUAGUUCUUCUCUGGCAGAAUCGAGCAACACACUCCAGAAAUUAUGUUUCAAGGAGAAGCCAUCUUUUUCUUCAGAGGAAGAAUUAAGAUUUUAUGAAUUUACUCCAGUUUCCCUACUAGGACGAAAACUUUGGUAAUAAGAAGUCUGAGAGUACUAUCCAGAAGAGGCAUCUUUGUGUGAUGCUGCCUUUGCCUUGCUCGUUUCCAUCACCUGUUGGCACUUGCAAUGAAGUAAUGGAUAUUACUCCCAUUUCCCUGGGAACUACUGCACUCACUCUACUAAAGUCACUUAUCAAGGGAAAUACUUCCACCAAUAUAAAUUAACUACAACAAAAGAUCUUGUAUCCUCAUUAUCAUAACCAGGACUGUGUACUUUAAAAUGCAAACACAGAAUCUCUUAUCUGCUGCAAACUGGCAUUCUGAGACACUUAGCUGCCAAAACAACAAUGCUUUCAUAGUCCUUAUGGCACAGGGAAAUCUUGCAAAUCUUCCCAUGUCCUUCCUUUUGUCUCUCCAACCCCGCACCCCCCUUUGCCAACACCUUCCAUAGUGUCUGAAAAUUUUUCUCAGGGAGCAAAAAUGGUCAGAUUAUUGCAAACAAAUGUAUGUGAUAUAGUCUUAUUACAGAAUAUGGUUUUAUUACUGUAGCUCUAAUAACAAUGCACCUGAUCAACAAAAACACAUGUUCACAAGUCUACCAUAGCUGUGCCUUAAAUUGUGAUAAGAAUGGGAAUGGCCUUGGUUAAGGAAUCACAUCCAACAACUUCAGAGGUACAUAGCUAAUCCCAUGCCCAUAGCCUCCAACGUUUCACAAUGAAAACCAGGAUGAAUGUGGCCAGGCUACAUCAUAGUGUGGUCAAGAUGGCAAAACGUAUUAAUAAGGAAGAACAGAGAAGCUAGGAAAGGCUGCAGCAGUUUUCUUUUGUUUGAGUCAAAAGGAAAUGGCAAGUUUCCCCUGCCGAGUUGAGAGCAAACUACUUUUGCACUUUGAACUCAGUUUCUAACAACUGAAGUAAACUGAGGAUAAAGGUAGAAAGUGUGAGGAGAGGGAAACUGGGACAUUUUUAAAGCAUCUGAAAAAGAGGGAUGAGAGAUUAAUUGGGAUAUCUCUGCCAAAUUGGGAUAGUUGUGAGGGUACGCAAUGGGAUCCCUAUCAUUCUCCCACUCAAAGUCUGUACAGCCGGUGCCAUUAGUAAUCCUACAUCAAGCUCUAUAUCCUCACUGAUUUCAUUUGAAUCCUGACAUCAGCACCUUCCAAGCCAUACACUUGAUGCAUGAUCACAUAUAACCAGCCUCCUCCCUCCCAGCUGUGGUGUUUCUACUGACAGUCUCAAUUUCUUUUGGCACAGCACUCUGAAAAUCCCAACACCUCCCCUGCUUUCUCCUUGGGAGGAGAGAUACAAUGAAUUUGAAUACAGGCGCUGUUUCACACUUUCCUUUUAACAAUGCUUUAGUCAAUCCUUUUGGGAGUUUAAAAAUUUCCGCUAUGGCAAAAAUGAAUUCAAUACCGUUAGUAGUAGUUAUUCAAGGAAUUAAGUUCUGUUGUUAUUAGUGGUUACUUCCUUUAAAAACAGAUGCUAAAGCUCAAAACACUUUGCAACCCAGAUUUUCUAAUCCCAGUUUUAUAUGGGCUAUUGUUGUGAUUCAUUAUGAGUGAAAUACUUUCAAUGCCCAGAGGUGCUUUCUCCUUCACUGUUACCUCACUUAAUCUAGGACUGGGCCCUCUUUAAAUUAAGGGUUGCUUAACAUAAACUUUAAUAGCAGCAGGACUGGAGAAGAACAGUAGUGUUUCUUCAUUCAACACAUGAUCAGUUUAUGGAACUCAUUAUUAGAGCUGUGAUGACUCAACACUAAAUGUGAUGGCUUUAAAAAUUAUUUGAUAAAGAACAGUAGUGAAUGUAAGCCAUGGUAGCUAAAUGGAUCUCCAUAUUUAGAGGCAAUAUAUCUCUAUUUAUCAGAUGAUGAGGACAAACUACAAUGGGAAGCUAUCUUUGUUACAUCCUGUAUGCGAGCUUCCAAGAAGUAUACAAUUGACUACUGUUGGUGCAACAAUAAUAUGGGAUCAGGGAUGGCAACUUGUGGCCCUCCAGAUGUUGCCGGAUUGUAAUUUCCAAUAUCCCUCACCAUCAACCACUGAUAAAAGCUGUAGUCCAACAUAAUCCAGAUGUGGUACACCCUUUAACUAGAUGGACCCUUAGGCUGAUCCACCAUAGAUGUUGUUGUGUCUUUGUAUUAAUGGAGGAAGGAAAGUGAGGGGAGGAAACAUCAAGAAAUACACUGAGGUUUAAUUGGAACAAAAUUGUCAACUGAUUAGGUUAAGUCAUUGCAGAAAAAAAUAUUUAUAUGAAAUCCUCUGCUUGACAGAAUUUACCACCAUGGCUUCAGUUUGUGUUGGUUAAGGGUCAAAACAUUUAAAGACAUGGACUCUAAGGACUGCUGUAAUCUUAUCCUGUGCUAACCCUGCUAUAAUUAGGGUUGCCAUUUGCAAGGAUGAGGGCGGAUGUAAUGGCCUAGUAAGGCUCCUUUGCCUUUAAUAGCAGCACAACAGGCAAAAACUCAACAGAUGGAUCCUUUGGCCCAAAAAGGUGCUACAAUAACCAGGCAAGCUUUACUGACUGAUUAUAUACAUACAUACAUACAUACAUACAUGUGUGCCAGUUAUCUAGGUGAUAAAGGCACUGGAGUCUUUCAAGGAAAAAAUUUGGCAUCCCUAGUUGUAAGUAAUAAUGUACACAUUUUAAGUGAGUGAUAAUGGGCUUUUGUAAUUUAUUAAAAUUAUAUUUAAUGUUUUAAUUGCUUUGCUUUUUUUCAGCUUUAUGGGUUUUUUAAGAGAUGAAGGGGGAAAGAUUAUCCUUGUGCUUUGCUAAAGAGAUUAUGCAAUAGUGUGCAGCCAUAUAUUUUUUUAUGUUAUUUUCGCUGAUUGGCUUAAAAAUAAACUAAUAUUACAAAUGUUUUCUUGAUUUGAACAAAAGCAAUAAACUUUUUUUUUUAAAAAAAGCAA